CCGGCGGCGAUGCCCGCCCCGCUGCCGGGGGGAGAGGCUGCCCGGCGCUGCCCGGCCCCCCGGCGCUGCCCGGCCCCCCGCCGCUCGCCGCAGACCCGCGCACGCACAGGGGCAGCCGGGCGCUUGAGCCAUGAUUGCCGCGGCUUUCCUGGUCCUGCUGAGACCCUACAGCAUCCAGUGCGCCCUCUUCUUGCUCCUGCUGCUGCUGGGGACCAUUGCCACGAUUUUAUUCUUCUGCUGCUGGCACCGCAGGCUCCAGAAAGGGAGGCAUCCCAUCAAAUCCGUCUUUUCGGGUCGCUCAAGGAGCCGAGAUGCUGUCAUGAGAACUCAUCACUUUCGCUCUGAGGUAAUUUAUUUAGCACGCAAUUUCAAGGGCUUUAGAUCAAGUCCUCGUCAUGCUCGAAGACGUGUAGCACCUCGCCUUGAGGAAACACAACCUAUAGUGGAAGCUCACCAUCUAAGUGAGCAGGAAACUUCUGUGAGAAAAAGAAAAAUCAAGAAAAGCAGCCGAGUCCAACCAGAAUUUUACCAUUCUGUUCAAGUUACCCCAACUCGAAAGCCUAGCUCCGGCAACGCGUCCUACCGAUGCUCCAUGUCGUCCUCCGCCGAUUUCUCCGAUGAGGAGGACUUCAGCCAGAGGUCGGGGACGGUGUCGCCGGCGCCGGGGGACACGCUGCCCUGGAACCUGCCCAAACAUGAGCGGUCCAAGCGGAAGAUCCAAGGCGGCUCCGUGCUGGACCCCGCCGAGCGGGCCGUGCUGCGCAUCGCCGAUGAGCGGGACAAAGUACAAAAGAAGACGUUCACAAAAUGGAUAAAUCAGCAUCUCAUGAAGGUUCGAAAGCAUGUGAAUGACCUAUAUGAAGACCUAAGAGAUGGACAUAACUUGAUCUCACUUUUGGAAGUCCUUUCUGGAGACACCUUGCCAAGAGAGCGAGAUUUUUUGAAGACCUUACGGUUGGUGAGUUCAACAGAAGCAUGCGCAAAUGAACAGCAUGAGGAUGUGGAGGAUGAGGAUAAGGGGCCCCGAGAAAAAGGUCGGAUGCGUUUUCACAGACUCCAGAACGUCCAAAUUGCACUGGACUAUUUGAAAAAACGCCAGGUGAAACUGGUUAACAUCAGAAAUGAUGAUAUAACAGAUGGGAAUCCCAAAUUGACUUUGGGGUUGAUAUGGACCAUAAUUUUGCACUUUCAGAUAUCUGAUAUCCAUGUUACUGGAGAGUCAGAGGACAUGUCUGCUAAAGAGAGACUGCUCCUGUGGUCGCAGCAAACAACGGAGGGUUACGCUGGAAUACGUUGUGAAAAUUUCACUACCUGCUGGCGUGAUGGAAGAUUAUUUAAUGCCAUCAUCCAUAAAUACAGGCCGGACCUGAUAGACAUGAAUACCGUUGCUGUUCAAAGCAACCUUGCAAAUUUAGAACAUGCUUUUUUUGUAGCAGAAAAACUUGGUGUUGCCAGACUUCUGGAUCCUGAAGAUGUCGAUGUUUCCUCACCUGAUGAGAAGUCAGUAAUAACUUAUGUGUCAUCACUUUAUGAUGCAUUUCCCAAAGUACCAGAAGGUGGUGAAGGCAUCAGUGCAAAUGAUGUUGAAGUCAAAUGGGUUGAAUAUCAGAAUAUGGUGAACUACCUCAUGCAGUGGAUCAGACACCAUGUCAUGAUAAUGUCUGACAGAACAUUUCCCAACAAUCCUGUGGAAUUGAAGGCACUUUAUAAUCAAUAUUUACAGUUUAAAGAAACAGAAAUUCCACCAAAGGAGGCAGAUAAAUCAAAAAUUAAACGUCUAUAUAAACUGCUAGAGGUCUGGAUAGAAUUUGGACGCAUCAAACUUUCUCAAGGCUACCAUCCAAAUGAUAUAGAAAAAGAAUGGGGAAAGCUUAUUAUUGCCAUGCUGGAAAGAGAGAAGACUCUUCGACCUGAAGUGGAGAGGUUGGAAAUGCUGCAGCAAAUUGCAAACAGAAUUCAGCGGGACAACCGGAGCUGUGAGGAUAAACUGAUACUUGCCCGGAACGCUCUGCAGUCUGACACCAAGCGAUUAGAGUCAGGGCUCCAGUUCCAGCAUGAAGCAGAGAUAGCUGGCUAUAUUCUUGAAUCUGAGAACCUUCUCCGCCAGCAAGUGGUUGAUGCCCAAAUUCUUAUUGAUGGAAAAUACUAUCAAGCAGACCAGCUUGUUCAAAGAGUUGCAAAACUUCGUGAUGAACUGAUGGCCUUACGGACUGAAUGUUCUUCUGUGUACAACAAGGGGCAUGCACUGACCACAGAGCAGACAAAGCUUAUGAUAUCAGGAAUAACUGAAAGCUUAAACUCAGGAUUUACAACAAACCUAACCCCUGAAAUAAAUGCUGCAAUGACCCAAGGUUUAGCACCUACUUUGACUUCUUCCAGCUUGACAUCUGGCCUUUCAUCAGGUCUUACUUCCAGACUGACACCAACCGUCACUCCCGCUUACCCACCAGGCAUCCCACCACGGUUAAUCCAGAGCUAUGUGACAGGAGUAGACAGUGGGACUCUGCAAACACUCAAAUUGAUGCAAAUCAGAAAACCUCUUAUGAAAUCAGCUUUUGUGGAUCAGAAUUUAACAGAAGAAGAGGUGAACAUGAAAUUUGUCCAGGACCUAUUGAGCUGGGUGGAAGAAAUGCAGGUGCAACUUGAUCGAACAGAAUGGGGUUCAGAUUUGCCAAGUGUUGAAAGCCAUUUGGAAAAUCACAAAAAUGUCCACAAAGCUAUUGAGGAAUUUGAAUCCAGCCUUAAAGAAGCCAAAAUGAGUGAGAUCCAAAUGACUGCUCCUCUUAAACUCAGUUAUGUGGAAAAAUUGCACAAACUGGAGAGUCAGUAUUCAAAGCUCUUGAACACAUCAAGAAAUCAGGAAAGGCAUCUAGAUACUCUUCACAAUUUUGUGUCUCGUGCUACUAGAGAAUUGAUAUGGCUGAAUGAAAAAGAAGAGGAAGAGGUUGCAUAUGACUGGAGUGAGAGAAACUCCAAUAUAACAAGAAAAAAGGAAUAUCAUGCAGAAUUAAUGAGAGAACUUGAUGAAAAAGAAGAAGUUAUAAAAUCAGUACAAGAAAUAGCUGAACAGUUGCUUCUUGAAAAUCACCCAGCCAGGCUAACCAUUGAAGCCUAUAGAGCAGCAAUGCAGACCCAAUGGAGCUGGAUUCUCCAGCUCUGUCACUGUGUUGAACAACAUUUGAGAGAAAAUGCUGCAUAUUUUGAGUUUUUCAGUGAUGCCAAAGAAGCCAUGGAAUAUUUGAAGAAUUUGAAAGAUACCAUAUACCGAAAAUACAGUUGUGAUAGAUCAAGCAGUGUUCGUAGGCUGGAAGACCUUGUCCAGGAGUCUAUGGAAGAAAAAGAACAACUCUUGCAGUAUAAGAGCACAGUAGCAGGCCUUGUGGGAAGAGCAAAGGCAAUAAUUCAGCUGAAGCCAAGAAACCCUGACUGUGUACUCAAAACAUCCAUCCCAAUUAAAGCCAUCUGCGACUAUAGACAAAUUGAGAUAACUAUUUACAAAGAUGAUGAAUGUGUAUUAGCAAACAACUCCCAUCGUGCUAAAUGGAAAGUCAUUAGCCCAAGUGGUAAUGAGGCCAUGGUUCCAUCUGUAUGCUUUACAGUUCCUCCACCAAACAAAGAAGCAAUAGAUACAGCCAACAGGAUUGAACAGCAAUUUCAGAAUGUUCUGGCCCUUUGGCAUGAGUCACAUGUAAACAUGAAGAGUGUGGUGUCCUGGCAUUACCUGACAAAUGAAAUUGAAGCUGUUAGAGCUGGCAAUGUUGCCUCGAUAAAGACGAUGCUGCCAGGUGAACAUCAGCAGGUUCUAAGCAAUUUGCAGUCUCGCUUCGAUGAUUUUUUGGAAGACAGCCAGGAGUCCAAAAUCUUUACAAGCUCUGAUACAGCACAGCUGGAAAGGGAGGUUAAUGUUUGCAAGCAAUACUAUCAAGAGCUUCUUAAGUCUGCAGAAAGAGAGGAGCAGGAAGAAUCUAUUUACAAUCUGUACAUCUCUGAAGUCAGAAAUAUCAGACUACGGCUAGAGACUUGUGAGGAGCGGUUAAUACGGCAGAUCCGAACACCAAUGGAAAGGGAUGAUGUACAUGAAAAUGUGCUUAGGAUUUCAGAGCAAGAGAAACUGAAGAAAGAACUGGAUCGACUGAAGGAUGACUUGGGAGCCAUCACAGAUAAAUGUGAAGAGUUUUUCAGUCAAGCUGCUGGUUCACCUUCAGUCCCUACCCUGCGCUCUGAGCUCAGUGUUGUUAUUCAAAACAUGAAUCAAGUUUAUUCCAUGUCUUCCAUUUUCAUAGAUAAAUUAAAAACUAUAAAUUUGGUCCUGACGAACACCCAAACGGCAGAAUCAUUAGUGAAACACUAUGAAACUAAGUUGUGUGAAGAAGAGGCAGUAAUGGCUGACAAAAACCAUAUUGAAAACCUGAUGGGUACAUUAAAGCAAUGGAGAUCUGAAGUAGAUGAAAAAAGACAAACAUUCCAUGCCUUAGAGGAUGAACUGCAGAAGGCAAAGAUGAUCAGUGAUCAGAUGUUUAAAAUGCACAAGGAACGUGAUCUUGACUUUGACUGGCAUAAAGAAAAAGUGGACCAGUUGGCUGAGAGGUGGCAAAAUGUUCACUGUCAAAUUGAAAAUAGGUUGCGUGACUUAGAAGGUAUUAAUAAAUCUCUGAAGUAUUAUAAAGAUACUUACAAUUCUUUGGACACUUGGAUUCAACAAGUAGAAGAUACUCAGCGAAAGAUUCAAGAAAUACAUCCUGAAAAUAGCAAAGCAUUGGCUAAACAGUUGAACCAACAUAAGAUGCUGGUUUCUGAGAUUGAAAUGAAACAAAGCAAAAUAGACGAAUGCCAGAAGUAUUCAGAGCAAUACUCAGCUGCUGUGAAGGACUAUGAGUUACAGACCAUGACCUACAGAGCUAUGGUUGACUCCCAACAAAAAUCUCCAGUGAAGCGCCGAAGAAUACAAAGCUCGUCAGACUUCAUUAUUCAAGAGUUCAUGGAUUUACGGACUCGUUAUACUGCCUUGGUGACCUUGAUGACCCAAUACAUUAAGUUUGCAGGUGACUCUUUGAAAAGACUGGAGGAGGAAGAGAGUUUACCAGAAGAGAGUGAACUCCAGCAACCUGUGAAGUCAGCCGAAGUCUUUCAGCAUUUGGAUGGCAAUGAAGCUGUUGAAUUGAGAGAGGAAAAUAAACCUAAUGAAUGCACGAUGGAUGUGAAAUGUUUGCAAAAAGAUAACUCUUCCAGUAAACCUGAACACACAGAAAAUAAAUUGGAAAUUGACAGAAGAAAAUUAAAUGUAGACAGAUAUGAUAAAAUCAAAAUUGAUAGAAUAUUAAAGCAACUUUUAAACUUUGGUGGUCAAGAAAGUAGCAUUAGUGUCAACAGAGACAAUAAACUACAUAGAGAGCAGGAGAGUUUAAGGGAUUUUGGUAAUCAAAGUAAAGAAGAAAAAAAUGGCAGAAAAGAUUUUUUUGUUUCAGCUCAGGUCUGUGUGAGUGUGAAUAAUGAUCCUGGUGAAACGUUAAAUGAGAAAAUUGUUAAUGGAGAGAGAUGGAAAACAGAGGCAAUAUCAAAGAAGUUGCCUAGAGUGGAAAUUAUACACAAAACCACAGGAAAAAAGAAUUCAAGAAAGGCAGGGAGUGAUGUUUCAACAAAGGAAGAGUGUGAGUUGCAAUCAGAAACUAAUUUUGAGCUAACAAUGAAGAAAACUGAAGUCACUCCAAAAGCUGGAAAGCAUGCCCUUGGUAUCAGCCCUCACAAACAGCAACAUUUUUCACCUCAUUUUGAAUGUCAGCAUAAAGAGCAUUGCCUUACAGAAAGCAAUAGCCACAAUACUUUAAACUCUGAAGACAGAGAGUUUCACGUGUGUUAUGAAAAAGGUGAUUCUCUUUCAGGUGCAAGGGAUGCAACAUCUUUAGAGAAAGUUGCAUCCUCUUUCAGAGACCUGACAGUGCACAGUGGAAGUGAAAAAACAAAGUUAAAUUUGCAAUCUAUGAGCAAUCCAGAUGUUUAUUGUAAUGUUGAAACAGAUACUGUCAAACUGCAGAGAGAAUCUCCGGAUAAAAGUUAUUUCCUAGUAGAAAAGAAAAUCCUAGAAAAAUUAAAUUUAAAUCCAAAUGAAGCCAAGAAUACAAUGCAAGAAAUUUCAACUGUUUCUUCAGGAAAUAUUUUAGAGACUCAUUAUGCAGAAAAAGUCUCUGAAUCUUAUCCAUUAGAUUUUGAAGUGUCACCAGUGCAGAAUGAUCAAAGUUUAGGUACAGAAUUGUUAGGAAAUGCUGGUGAUUUAAAUGCAGAUUUUAGCCUCUCAGAAAUUAUCUCUGGAGAAGAGGAUUAUUUUCCAGCAUCAGAACAUGGAUUAACAAAAAAACUUUUGAGUCAAGAUGAGAAACUAAGGGUGAAGAAAAUAUCAGAGGGUAACAUUUAUGGUUUGGGCAACAUAUAUAUAAGUGGGAAGAAGCAGAGUGGAGAAGACAGGUUAGAAGAGGGUCAGAAAUGUAAAAAUUUAUUGCUAGUUCCAGAAAUGAUCGGUAGAGAUGAGGGUCAUAGCACAAAUGUACCCAGAAAAAACACUAAGCUCCAGAAGACGUUUUGGGAAAAAUUAGGGAAAAAAACCUCAUUUGAAAAAAAAGAAAAGCAGAAAAAAAGAGACAAAGAUAAUGAAGAGAAAAGAAGCACAACUAUUAUUAAGAAAUCAAUGGAAGAGGAAAAGAAGGAACAUGUUGAGAAAGCUGGGGAUUUACUAAAAUGGGUGUCAAACCUCAGCAAGACACUCAGCAAAGAAGAAGGAGAAAAGGCUGAAAAGACAGACUUGCCUAAACAGCAGAUUUCCCUGCAUGAAAUGUCAACCAAGAAAGAACAAAUAGCUGAAGCUCUGCAGACUACUCAGUCAUUUUUAGCUAAGCACAGUGAUAAAAUGACCGAUGAAGAAAGACAUGAAAUGGAAAAGCAAGUCAGAUCUCUCCAGGAGAGCUACAGCUUGUUAUCCAAUGAAGCUUUAAAGCAGCUGCAGGAAGCGCAGUAUCUGAGUGAUGAAAAGAUGGAAGAAAAGGUGAAUAAAGUCAUUGCUGGUGUCAUUGAUCAAACUACUGGAGAAGUCUUUUCAGUCUUUCAGUCUAUUUUAAGAGGUUUUCUUGACUAUGACACUGGAAUUAGAUUGCUCGAGAACCAGCUGAUUUUUUCUGGAAUCAUUUCUCCAGAGUUAGGAGUGUGUUAUGAUUUGGAAGAAGCUAAAGCUCAUGCCUUAAUUGAUGAGCAGAUUCUAUUGCAGUUGCAGGAAUUAAGUAAUGCAAAAAAGCUUAUUUCAGAAUCAUCAUUAUCAAAUAUUCCAGUUGUUUCAGUUUUAGAACAAGGUCUAAUUUCAGAACCUUUGGCUAUUAAAAUUCUUGAGAAUCAGCUUUCAAGUGGGUAUUUGAUUUUGCCAUCUACUGGAGACAAGCUGACUUUUCAGAGUGCUUUCCAGAGAAACCUGAUUUCUCCAACAUUAUAUGCAAAACUCCUGGAAAGACAAGACACAUGUAAAGAUCUCAUAGACCCCAACUGUGCUGAGAAAAUUUCCCUUGAACAGAUGAUUCAUAGAAGCAUAAUACAUGAAGAAACAGGGUUAAGACUCCUACCUGUGAAACCACAAGAAAAAGGUAGAAUUGUGUUAAAAUGUGGAAGGAGGAUAACUAUUUUGAGGGCAGCCCAUGAAGGGCUCAUUGAUCGGGAAACAAUGUUCAGGAUGCUGGGUGCUCAGUUAAUGUCUGGAGGUAUCAUUGACCCUGACUCAGGGAAACGAAUGACUGUGGAAGAGGCCGUGAGACAAGGGGUGAUAGAUCAGGACACUGCUUGCGGGAUCCUCACACAUCAGGUUCAGACGGGUGGAAUCCUUUGUCAAAAUUCAGGGCAACGGUUGACUGUUGAUGAAGCUGUACAAUGCAACUUAAUAUCAUCUACCAGUGCCCUGCUGGUAUUGGAAGCACAGAAGGGCUUUGUGGGAUUAAUUUGGCCUCACACUGGUGAAAUAUUCCCUGUAUCAACUUCUUUACACCAAGAUAUGAUAACAAAUGAGCUGGCAUUCAAAAUACUGAAUGAUAGAAAGAGAAUAGCUGCACUUUACAUUCCAGAAACUUGUGAAAUAAUCAGUCUUGACAAGGCUGCAGAAUCAGGGAUCAUAGAUAGCAAUACUUUAUCUGUUUUGACCAAUGUGACUUUACCAGAUAAAAUGCCCAAUGUAGAAGAAUUAAAGUCCCCUUGUAAAAAUGCUGCAAAAUGGUUAUCAACAUAUGAAUUUCUGCCAUCUGUAUUUCAUGACUGUGAGGAGGAACAUGAAGAUUGUGGCACAGAUGACCCUGUGUGUCAUAAUUUAGAUCAAGCUAAGAAACUAUUCAUAUCUUACCUGAUGGUAAAUAGUUAUAUGGAUGCAAACACUGGAGGAAGACUUUUGUUGUAUGAUGGACAACUGCAAGAAGCAAUCAAUAUGUUGCUGGAAGGUGAUGGUGCUGCAUGCAAUGCUGGUGUGUCAGAAAUGGAGUUAAGUAACAAAUAUGUAAGCUCAAAAGGAAUUAACUUAAAGUCAGCAGACAGUGUUCAGGGUGACCUUUUGGGUGUUGAGAAUGCUUCUAAAAGCAGGAAAUUAAAUCAGUUUGGUGAUUUGGGGAAUUACAUACCUUCACAAGAAGAUCUCCAUGAGUGCGGACCAGAUGUUUGCAAUGCUAUUGACACUGAGCAAUCAGAAUAUACACAGGAGAUGUUGUUAACUCUACCUGCAGAACUCAGAAAUGUAGUAAGUAACGCUCAAAAUUCCAUGAACAGAAAUGCACUCAGAGGUUUUUUGGAGGUUUCUAAGUGGACAGAACUGUAUAAGCAUAACAAUCAGCAGGCAAGUUCAGGAAGUAUUGAGGGGUAUCUUCCAAAUGACUUCAAUCCAAGUCUUAUUUCAGAAACAGGGAAGGAAGAGAUUUAUAUGGGUGACAGUCUGGGUUAUGAAAACAGGGGUGAUAAAAGCCUACAAAAUUCCUUGAAUGUGGAUGAUUUGUCAGAUAAGAAAAGCUGGAGGGAGCUGGAAAGGUGCGCAGAAUACAGGCCUCAGAUAUUGCAAACUGACGGUAGCAGAAUGGUAUUGGAUAACAGCAAGAAAGAUGAUUUUCAGAGAAGUCUUUGUUCAUCCAUCAGUGCAGACACUGUAUAUAGACUUCCAGAAGAAUCUGGUAGUCAAUGUGGCGACACACUACAGUUCGAAGACAAUGGACACAGUGAGCAACCUCUACAGGAAUAUGCUGAUGUACCUAACAGACCAUCCUUAGAGGGCUAUCUUUAUAUACAUAGAAGGCCAUCAUUGGAGGAUUGUAUUGAUUUUCAGAGUAAACUGUGUCUAGAAGACAGUAGAGAUGUGCACCACAGACCUUUGUUGGUUGGCAGUACUGUUAUACACGAUGGACCAGCUAUGGGGGACAGUAACAGCACUGCACAAGGGCUGACAGUAGAAGAAAGUGAUCUUACAUUCCACAGGUUAGUGCCAUGUUACACUAGUUCUGACUCGUCAGUAGAUGGGAGUGAUGGCAUUCCACAACUUGAAAGUACCUGCUUGCAGCAAGAGUGUGGUGAGGUAGCCUCUGAAGAUGACAGCUCUCCGUUUGAUGAGGAUGAUGAUGAUGCCUAUGAAACACCUCAGGCUGAUGAUGACGACAGUGAUGUCUAUAACACUCCUCAAAUUGAUGAUGAUGAUUCCUCUGACACUUCUCAAGGUGAUAAGGGAUUUGAUACCUUGAAGUUGGGGGAUGAUGAUACACCAGAGCCAGAACUGGCUGGAAGAUCUCCUCCAGUUUUUCUGGAGGAGAGAGGUGGUCUAAUAGCCCUAAGAGAAGAGACCACCUCUUUUCAAGAACUUGGAGCUAAUGCUAAAGAGAAUGUCCAUGUAAAUGGGAAAAAGCAACCUGAGAGCAUAAAUACAGCUUCUGCAAGUGCCAAAGCCAUGGAAAGAAUCCCUAAGGAGGAUAGGGAAAGAAAAGGAAGUUUUGGAGAGAAGGAGCAAGAGUUACCAGUUACUGUGGAGAGUGAAGGAAGAAAGGAGGGAGGCAUAAGUUCUUUACAGGAGAUGUGUGAAGCAGAUGUACAAGACAGAAAUGAGCAAGUUGAAAUGAAAGCAGAAAGUGAUUCCUAUGAGGAUGAAUCUGAAGGUACACAGGAGGGGGAAGAUUAUGAGGAGGAUUAUGAUAGUUAUGAUGACUCUGACACUGAUUCUGACAGUGAAGAUGAAAUGAAUAUUUUUUAUUCACAUCAUCAGUGUGUAGAUAAAGGGGACCAGCUGUUAAUUUCCUUAGGAGAUGUAGAAAGAAGCAAUGAACAUAAUCAGAAUAUUGAUGACUGUUGCUAUUCUUUAGGCCACAAGACAGGAUAUACUUCACAAUUCCAGUCUACCCAUGAAAAUGGAAAUCUGUCUUCAAGAAAAUGUGAAUCAAUGUCACAUGUUUUUGAGGAAAGAUAUGUUGAUAUUUCAUGUACAAGCAAAGAAGACAGACAGCAAGAAACAGAAGAUGAAUAUGGGACUUAUGUCAAAAAUAAACACAUGUUACAAGAUACUACUGAACCUAUUCAGUUGGAAAAUACCCUUGACACUAAAUGGGCAUUCUCUACAAGUGAAGGAAAUAAUGAAGCACGGCUUAAGGUUCCAGGUUCUCAGCUUCUUGAUGGUAUUGUGAAAUCUGAUGUCAGUGUAACAGCCUACCUGACAACAAAGCAAGCUACUGAUAAUGAUGAAAGUACUUGGUCAGAUUUGCUUCUCUCAGAAUGCUUUACUGAUAGCACGAAUAAAGACAACAGUACCGUGCCAAUGUUAGAUUCAAAUCAUGGGCAAAGACAGAAAGGAGCAGUAGUUGCAGAGGAAAAAGUAUUAAAUGAUAUGGAACAACUAAAGGAAAGUUCAUCCCAAAUGGACAAUAAAUUCCCUAUAGAUAUGCAUUACGUGAAUGAUGAUAAUGAUAGCUCACUUAGGGACCCAGUAGAUCCAGUCACCAGUUGGAAGCAUGGUCAAAUAGGAAGAGGUUUUGAAAUUCUUUCAGAAAGUAAAAAUAGAGUAAAUAUUAUAGAGGAAUGUGAUAUCAUGGGACUAAGUAAAAGUCCCAUUCAGAUGGAAAGCCUUGGGGAAAUAUUUGAUGCAUCAGUAAUUAAAGCUGAUAGAGAAACUUCUGUUGCAAGUAAAGAAAAAGUAACUGUUGAUCAAGCUUUCUUUGACAUUCGAGUUGCAAGAUCAGAUGAAUUUAGGAGAGAUGCUAACAUUCCUCCUUCUUUAAAACAAUAUACAAAAGGCAUAAAAGAAGGUGGCCAUUCAGAACUGGGUAAAACUGAAUUCUCCUGUUUUGAGGACACAGAAAGAGAGAAAAAAGGUAUAGAGAUUGAAAAGGAUUUUCUUCUAAAUACAGAAGAAACGCAUUCAAGUGAAUUUAAUGCUUACUCUUUUCCCCCAACUGAUACAGUGAAACCAAAGGAAAUUAGCGUAACUAAAGAAACAGGGAGAGUUAUCUGUCAAAAUACUGCCAAUGUUCUUAAAGACUCUUCAGAACACAGAAGCAGCAAUGACAAUGAAAUUUCCCCCAUAAAACCAGAUGCUUUAGGAAGUAUUGAGGAUGCCAGAGAAUCAGGGGAUGGAAGUGAAGUGCUGUCUUCUGGGAGACUUACCCAUACCACUGAUGUUUCUUCUGCAAUUCUGAGUAGCAUAGGAGCUGACUUGAAUUAUGGUGCCCAGAAAGAAUAUGAGAUGCUGAAAAACAAAAAGGGAGAAAAUUUCAUGUCCCUUGAAAAUGGUUUCAAAAACCAAAUGUCCAUGGAGUCAUUGCAAAAGGAAACGGGACCUUGCAAAGAUUUUCAAGUAAAGGAAGGUAUUUCACAAUCACCAGAAAUAUCUGACACACUAAUGGAAGACUUACAGAAUAUAUUACAAAGGAAAUUGAAAAUGGGAUGUGCUUACUGCAAGCAGGAAGCUGAAUCUUUAAGUUACUCUGAUACCAAAACUUUAAUGCAAAAUUUACUCACAAUGGUUGGAAGCACCCAGCUUGUGAGUGAAAAGUCUAGUGGGUCAAAUCUCAAGCAAACGAGCAGUUCUGUUAGAACUGCAUUAAUGUUUACCACACCGUGUGCAGAGCCCAAGGACAGUGAUGCUCCUUCAUUGCUUUGGCCUGAUUACAGAAGUCCUGAUCUUCUUCAUGAUAUUCUGAAGCAGGAAUCCUGCAAGCAAAAGAUGACUGAUGUAGAUAAAAGGAGGAAUGAAACAGACGUGAAAGCUCCUGUUCCUAAGCCGACUAUUUCUGAACUUCUGGAGAUUUUUCAAAUCUCACCUGGAGAUGAAAGUACAAGCAAGUUAGAGGAGCUGAUAAUUGGUUUCCUUAUGAACUCACAGGUUGCUGGUACCACCACAGAACACGAGGAUAAAGGAAAAGUAGGUGGACUUUGUACUCUUUUCUCAACAGAACAAUCAGAGUUUGGAUCAGAAAUUUCUAAAGAGAAAACAUUGGCAGAUAAUGCAACUGUUGCUUGGAAAAGUGACCAGGAGCAUGGGAAGACAGACAGCCCAUCCAAAGACUUGACUGAGUCUGUUUUCAAAACAAAAGAAGCAGUCCUGGAAGAUGCCCACACUAGCAUGUUUGAUGGAAUACAGCAGUGUUUAACAUUAAUAGAGAAAAUACAAGGACAUUUGGCAGUGCUUCAAGAUAUGAAAAGCCACCUAGAUAACCAGCAGCCUGUUAGUAACAACCUGGAAAUACUAAGAGAUGAACUGAAACAGCUAGAGUCAUUUGAAUCAGGACUGGCUACGUUUGCAAUUGUCCUAAAAAAGGACAUGAAGUUAACAGAAGAAUUCUUAAAGUUUUGUAACAGAGAUAUUCCAGAAGAGAAACUUAAAGAGCUAAAGAUAAGAUAUGACUACUUACAGGAAGCAUUUUUGGUGGUCUGUGAUACAUCUUCAAAACGAGCAAAACAAAUACUCUAUGCUGUUGACUCAGAAAUGUCUAAGCUUGGAAUAUUACACGAGCAACUUUUAAGUAAACUGCAGAGAUUUUCAGACUGGAUCACAGAGAACAGUAAAAUAAUGAAUGACUUCACCAUAAAUACUAAUGAUGUAGAGGAGAUGAAGAGAAGCUUACAGCUAUUUAAAAACAAUGCUGCAGAGUUCAGCUGUGAAAAAACGCAACUGGAGUCCACUGCAUUUGAUGUUCAGUUUUUCAUUUCUGAACAUGCUGAAGAUCUUUCUCCUAGUCAGAGCAAACAGCUGCUGAGGCUCUUAAAUACCACCCAGAAAUCUUUUCAGGAAGCACAGGAAGCAAUAACUACUCAAGUGGAAAGUUUAGAGACUCAGUUACAGGCAGUGCAAGAGCUGGGUGCUCAGAAGGAUGUGGCUGAACGGCAGCAAGAAUGCAAAGAGAAACUACAGGAAAUCUGUGAUUUGCUUACGCAGACUGAAAAUCGACUCAUUGGACAGCGAGAGUCUCUUGUUAUUGGAGACAGCAAGGCUGAGCUGGAACAAUGCCAGACCAAACAGGAGGAGAUACAAAAAGACAUGAGAAGAAGUGCCCAGACACUGGCAGAGAUUGUGAAAAAUACUGAAACCUUCUUGAAAGAGAAUGGAGAAAAGUUGUCACAAGAAGACAAGACUGUUCUGGAACAGAAACUGAAUGAAGCUAAGACGAAGUGUUUGCUUCUUAGCCAGAAGGCAGAAGAGUCCAAAAAAGAACUCGAUAAAGCUAUGACAACAGCGAUAAAGCAGGAAACAGAAAAGGUUGCAGCCAUAGAACAGCUGGAAGAAAGCAAAAACACAAUAGAAAAUCUUUUGGAUUGGUUAUCAAACGUGGAUAAGGAAGCGGAGCAUGGCCGGAGAUUUAAGAAAGUUAUAGAACAGAAUGGAACACACUUUGAAGAAGGAGAUGUGAAAGUUUUGGAAGGAGAGGAGGAUGAUGUCAAUGGUAAUCUGCUGGAAAUGCAGCCAGACAUUGAAACUCAGGUGGAUGGACUAGUAAAAAGCACAGAUGAUAAUCUGAACCAGCAGUAUCAGAAAGUCAAGGCUCAACAUGAGAAAAUUAUUUCACAGCAGCAAGCUAUCAUAGUAGCAACUCAGUCUGCUCAAGCACUGCUGGAGAAACAAGGGCACUACCUUUCCCCCGAAGAAAAAGACAAGAUGCAAAGGAACAUGAAAGAGCUGAAGGCUCAGUAUGAGACUGCUUUAGCCGAAUCAGAACGGAAAAUGAAAUUGACUCAUUCUCUAAGAGAAGAACUGGAGAAAUUUGAUGCAGACUAUAGUGAAUUUGAAACCUGGCUGCAGCAGGCAGAACAAGAACUUGACAAUUUGGAGGCAGGGGCUUCUGACUUCAGUGGUAUUAUGAUCAAACUGAAAAGGCAGAAGAGUUUUUCAGAAGAUGUUAUAUCUCACAAAGGUGAUUUACGGUAUAUUACAAUUUCUGGACAAAGAGUUUUAGAUGCUGCAAGGUCAUGUAGCAAAAGAGAUGGUGUGAAGGUUGACAAAGAUGGUAUCGAUACUUCAGCAACGUACACUGAAGUGCAAAAUAAACUGGAUAGUGCCUCAGAUCGCUUCAAAUCCCUCUAUGCUAAAUGUAGCAUCCUUGGAAAUAACCUUAAAGACCUGGUGGAUAAAUACCAGCAUUAUGAAGAUGCCUCAUCUGGACUUUUGUCAGGUCUCCAGGCCUCUGAAAUAGCUGUGAACAAACAACUAUCAGAGCCAAUUGCAGUGGAUCCCAAAAAUCUCCAAAGACAACUUGAAGAAACCAAGGUUCUUCAGGGACAAGUGUCUAACCACCAAAUUGCUGUAGAAAAACUGAAAAAAGCUGCUGAAGUGUUAUUGGAUACAAGGGGAGAGUUGACACCAGACAAAGAUGAGAUUCAGAAAACUCUGGAUGGUAUUGUGGAGAGGUAUGACAAUUUAUCCAAAUCUGUGAAUGAAAGGAAUGAGAAGCUUCAAGUAACUCUGACACGAUCCCUAAGUGUACAAGAUGGUUUGGAUGAAAUGCUGGAUUGGAUGGAAGGAGUUGAAAAGAGCCUUAAGGAACAAGAACAAGUGCCUUUGAAUUCUGCUGCUAUUCAGGAUAUUAUUAGUAAAAGCAUUAUGCUGGAACAAGACAUUGCGGGUCGCCAAAGCAGUAUAAACACUAUGAUUGAAAAAGUGAAGAAGUUCACGGAAACAGCAGAUCCAUCCACUGCAUCCACGCUGCAAGCUAAAAUGAGUGAACUUGCAGGACGGUUUUCUGAAGCGAGUAACAAGCAUAGAGAGAAGCUUCUGAAAAUGGAGGAGUUGAAGACUAAAGUGGAGUUGUUUGAAGGUCUGUCAGAAAAACUUCAGUCAUUUCUGGAUGAGAAGAACCAGGCCCUCAGUGAGACAGAGGCACCAAGAAAAGAUGUUAGUGAAGUGUCUCAAUACAUGCAGGAAGCUAGUGUAGAAUUGGCACAACACAAGAAGGAUCUGGAAGUUUUGAAGCAGCUUCUUGAAGAACUUUCAUUCCAUGCUCUUCCUGGAGAUAAAGCAUUGGUAUCAGAAAAAGUAAAUGCUUUAUCUAAGAAAUUCAAAGAGGUAGAGGAGACUAUAAAGGAAAAAGAAGAGGAUGUAUCGUCUUGUCAGAAACAAAUGGAUACUUUUGAGCUCCUUGUAGAAUCAUUAAAGAAAUGGAUAAAAGAGACCACAGAACGAAUUCCAGCAGCACAACCCUCCCUGAAUACAGAAGAGUUAAAGAAACCUUUGGAAAAUACAUUGAAUUUAAAAGAUGAAUGGACAUUAAAAGCACCUGAACUGCAGAAAAUGAAUAGCAGAGGAACUUUGCUGUGUAACCUAAUUACUGCUGUGACUUCUCCUGCAAAACUGAGAGCAGUUGCCAAGUCAGGUGGCACAAUAUUAAAUGGUGAAGCAGGAGCUCCAGGAACUCAGGAUUUCCUGAAAAAUAAAGAACUGACAACUGUUCAACAAGCUAUAUCUGAUGUAAAUCACAGUUAUGAAGAUUUGGGAGUUUUAUUGAAUGAAAAGAUUUCAGAACUAGAAAGUAUGCUUUCAAAAAUGCAAAAUAUUCAGGAAGAAUCAACCUCAAUGAUGCAUUGGUUGCAAAAAAUGGAUAAAACUGCAUCAGAUUGGGAAGCUGCUCCAACUGAUAGUGAAACAGUUAAAGCCCAAGUUGAGCAACAUAAGCUUUUUGAAACUGAAUUAAAGCAAAGUGCUAAUAAAGUGCAGGAACUAAAGGACAAAGUAACAGAGCUGCUGGAGAAGAACUCUGACUCUCCCGAGGCACCUAAGUGGAGACAAACAUUGGAUAAAAUAGAUUCCAAAUGGAAAGAGCUCAAUCAAGUUACAUCUGAGAGACAACAAAAACUGGAGGAGUCAUCAAAUUACCUGACCCAGUUCCAGACAGCAGAAGCCCAGCUAAAGCACUGGCUUGUAGAAAAAGAGCUGAUGGUCAGUGUGCUAGGACCACUAUCAAUUGAUCCUAAUAUGCUGAAUACACAAAAGCAACAGGUUCAGAUUCUGCUCAAAGAGUUUGACACCAGAAAGCCACAAUAUGAGCAGUUAACUAUGGCUGGUGAAGGGAUUCUGAAGAGACCUGGUGAACAUCCACCCUCACAUGAAAUUGUAAAAGAGCAACUGGCAGCUGUGGCACAGAAAUGGGACAGUCUAACUGGCCAGCUGAGGAAGAGAUGUGACCGAAUUGACCAAGCCAUUGUGAAAAGCACAGAGUAUCAAAGUCUACUCAGAAGUCUAUCUGAUAAGCUAAGUGCCUUGGAUAAUAAGCUAAGCAGCAGCUUGGCUGUGAGUACACAACCUGAUGCUGUGAAACAACAACUGGAAAUUGCUAGAGAAAUGAAGGAGGAAAUAGAACAGGAAAUGAAGAAUAUAAAUGCCGCGCAAACCCUUUGUGAAGAGCUGUCAACACUAGUUGGGGAAGAGUAUUUGAAAGCAGAACUUACAAGACAGUUAGAUGGCAUCUUAAAAUUGUUUAAGGAUAUUGAGCAAAAAUCAGAUAACCAUGUUCAGCAGCUUCAGUCAGCAUACACCACUUCUCAUCAGUUCCAGCAAAUGUCUAAGGACUUUCAGACCUGGCUAAGCAAAAAGAAAGAAGAGCUGAACCAGGCUCGUCCUGUGUCAGCCAAACUUGAUGUCUUGCAAUCACUAAUUGAAGAGCAGAAAGAAUUUAGGAAGACAAUGACUGAUCAGAUUAGUUCAUAUGAAAGAAUUGUUGCAGAAGGAGAAAGUAUUUUACAGAAGACUCAAGGAGCUGACAAAGCAGCGUUACAAUCCCAAAUUGCUACACUCAGAAAUAACUGGGAUGAAAUGAAUAAACAGGUAAAAGAAAGGGAAGAUAAAUUAACAGAUUGUCUGGAGAAAGCCUUCAAAUACAAGGAGCAUGUAGAAAAUCUGCAGCCAUGGAUAGAGAAGUGCCAAAGCAACCUGUGUGAAUUAAAAGUUGGCAUAAACCCUAUUGAAAUAGAGAAUUCUAUGGCUCAGGUGAGGGCAUGGCAGAAGGACCUGGAUAAACACCAUGGGAUGGUGGAGCUAUUAAAUAAUUCUGCUGAAAGUUUGCUCAAGGCAAGUCAAACAGAUAAAGAAAUUGUUAAAGAAGAAAUGAAGGUGCUGAAUCAGAAUGUGAAUGUGGUUACAGAACAGUUACAUAAGAAGAGAGAGUGCUUGGAAAAUAUGGCACAAAGACUGAAAGAGUUUCAGGAAUCAUCCAGGGAAGCCGAAAAACAGCUUAAAAGUGCCAAAGAGCAUCUGGAAGCUCAUGACUCACUUGGACCUCAGUCAUUCAGCAACAAACACCUGACAAUGAUGCAGGCCCAGCAGAAAGCCUUACAGGCUUUAAAGCCUCAUGUCGAUCUAGCAAAAAAGCUUGCCCAAGACCUGGUAGUAGAAGCUUCUGAUUCAGCAGGUGUUUCUGACCUUUUGCUCCAAGCUGAAUCUUUGGAGCAAGAAUACACUGCAGUGAACAAGCAGGUUGAAGAUAGGUGCUCAUUCUUAGAGACAAAACUUCAGGGAAUCGGCCAUUUCCAAAACAGCAUCCGAGAGAUGUUCUCUCAGUUUGCAGAGUUUGAUGAUGAACUUGAUAGCAUGGCUCCAGUGGGGAGAGAUCUCAAGGUAUUGCAAUCACAGAGAGAGGACUUAAAAUAUUUCCUGAAAAAGUUGGAGGAUCUUAUAAUGAAUAAUGAAAAUGCUAAUAAAAAUUGUAAAAUGAUGCUAGCCACAGAAGCUGAAGCUUCUCCUGAUCUUGUUGGUAUAAAGAGAGACUUGGAAGCUUUAAAUAAACAAUGCAACAAGCUACUAGACAGAGCAAAAGCCAGGGAAGAUCGAGUAGAGGAUACUAUUUGCCGUGUUGAGGAGUUUUAUAGUAAGCUAAAAGAAUUUUCCAAUCUUCUUGGGAGAGCUGAAGAACAUGAAGAGUCACAAGGUCCUGUUGGAAUGGAAACAGAGACAAUUAAUCAGCAGCUGAAUACAUUCAAGGUAUUCCAGAAAGAAGAAAUUGAACCCUUGCAAGUAAAACAACAGGAGGUAAAUUGGUUGGGCCAAGGCCUUAUUCAGAGUGCUGCUAAAAGUACCAACACAGAAAACCUUGAACAUGACCUUGAAGAUGUCAACACCCGGUGGAAGACUCUUAAUAAGAAGGUUGCCCAGCGUGCUGCGCAAUUGCAGGAAGCCCUCCUCCACUGUGGGAGAUUUCAGGAUGCCCUUGAAUCCCUGCUUAGCUGGCUCAUUGAUACAGAAGAUCUUGUGGCUAAUCAGAAACCGCCAUCUGCUGAAUUCAAAGUUGUGAAGGCCCAAAUACAAGAACAGAAACUUCUCCAGAGGUUGCUGGAUGACCGCAAGCCUACUGUUGAGGCAAUCAAGCGUGAAGGGGAGAAAAUUGCAGAGUCAGCAGAGCCUGCUGAUAAAGUGAAAAUCUUGAAACAGCUGAGUUUCCUGGAUAGUCGGUGGGAUGCAUUGCUCAGUAAAGCUGAAACAAGGAACCGUCAGUUGGAAGGCAUCUCGGUGGUAGCGCAGCAGUUCCAUGAAGCUCUGGAACCACUGGUGGAGUGGCUGAGCACCACAGAGAAGAGGCUUGCAAAUGCAGAACCCAUUGGAACACAGGCCUCCAAGCUGCAGCAACAAAUUGCUCAGCAUAAAGCCCUAGAAGAUGAUGUCCUAGCUCACAAUAAGAGUUUACAUCAGGCCAUUAGCACUGGUCAGUCUCUAAAGACUAUGAGCUCCAGGGAAGAUAAAGAUAUGGUGCAGGAAAAGCUAGAUUCUUCUCAGGCACGAUUCAUUGAAAUUCAAGAGAAGAGCAACAGCAGGUCUGAACUUCUCCAGCAAGCUUACAGCAAUGCUCAGAUUUUUGGGGAGGAUGAAGUUGAAUUGAUGAACUGGCUGAAUGAAAUCCAUGAUAAACUGAACAGAUUGUCAGUCCAAGAUUGCAGCACAGAAUUGCUUGAGAAACAGCACACUGAACUACUGGAUCUUCAGGAAGAGAUUCUUCUUAGAAAACAAAAUGUUGAUUUGGCUAUACAAAAUGGCCUAGAACUUCUCAAGCAAACAACAGGUGAUGAAGUGGUCAUCGUUCAAGAUAAACUGGAAGGCAUUAAAGCGAGGUACAAAGACAUUAUAAAAUUGAGUUCUGAUGUAUCCAAGACUUUGGAGCAGGCUCUGCAGCUUGCAGGUCAACUGCACUCAACUCAUGAGCAACUCAGCAAAUGGCUUGAUGAAGUAGAGGUGGAGUUACUCUCCUAUGAAACUCAAAUACCCAAGGGUGAAGAAUUAAGCCAAGUACAAGAAAGACAAAAAGAGCUGAAAAAAGAAGCAAAGAACAACAAAGGCUUAUUGGACACUCUGAAUGAAGUUGGCAGUGCCUUCCUGGAACUUGUGCCAUGGAGAGCCAGAGAGGGGCUUGACAAGAUGAUAACAGAGGACAACGAACGUUACAGAUUAGUGAGUGACACGAUCUCUCAGAAGGUGGAUGAGAUUGAUGCUGCCAUCCUGAGAUCCCAGCAGUUUGAUCAAGCAGCUGAUGCUGAAUUUGCCUGGAUUGCAGAAACAGAAAAGAAACUGAUGUCUCUGGGUGAUAUUAGACUUGAGCAAGACCAGACCACGGCUCAGCUGCAAGUUCAAAAGGCUUUUACCAUGGAGAUUCUAAGGCACAAAGAUACCAUAGAUGAACUUGUUAAAUCUGGGGAUAAGAUUAUGAAAACAUGCACUGAGGAAGAGAAACAGAUGAUGAAGAAAAAAAUGGAAAGCCUCUUACAGAAAUAUGAUGCAGUCUGUCAAAUGAACUCAGAGAGAAACCUUCAGCUGGAACGGGCUCAGUCCCUGGUUAACCAGUUCUGGGAGACUUAUGAAGAACUUUGGCCAUGGUUAACUGAAACGGAAAUGAUCAUCUCUCAGCUUCCUGCACCAGCCCUUGAAUAUGAAACUUUAAAGCAACAACAAGAAGAACACAGGCAACUGCGUGAGCUGAUCGCUGAGCACAAGCCUCAUAUAGAUAAGAUGAACAAAACUGGGCCUCAGUUGCUGGAGCUGAGCCCAGGAGAAGGUUUUUCUAUCCAAGAGAAAUAUGUGGCAGCUGACAUCCUUUACAGUAAAAUCAAGGAAGAUGUCAAAAAGCGAGCACUGGCACUGGAUGAAGCCAUUUCUCAGUGUACCCAGUUUCAUGACAAGAUAGAUCCAACUCUUGAGAGUCUGAAACGCAUAGCUGAACGUCUGAGGCAGCCACCUUCAAUCUCGGCAGAGGUUGAGAAGAUUAAAGAGCAAAUCAGUGAAAAUAAGAAUGUAUCUGUGGAUCUGGAAAAACUUCAGCCAGUGUAUGAGACGCUUAAACAGAGAGGGGAGGAAAUGAUUGCUCGCUCAGAAGGCACUGAUAAGGAUAUAUCUGCUAAAGCUGUUCAAGAUAAACUGGACCAAAUGGUCCUAGUUUGGGAAGACAUCCAGACUUUGACUGAGGAAAGGGAGGCCAAACUGUUGGAUGUAAUGGAACUAGCUGAAAAGUUUUGGUGUGAUCAUAUGGCUCUUGUAGCUACUAUUAAAGAUACUCAGGACUUUAUUCGAGAACUGGAGGGACCUGGAGUUGACCCAUCUGUAGUCAAGCAACAGCAAGAAGCUGCAGAGGCUGCUAAAGAAGAAAUUGAUGGACUACAAGAAGAACUAGAAACAGUUGUGAGCCUUGGCUCUGAACUUAGAGCUGCUUGUGGAGAGCCUGACAAACCUAUUGUAAACAAGAGUAUAGAUGAGCUGAAUUCUGCCUGGGAUGCCCUAAACAAAACAUGGAAAGAACGGGUUGAUAAGCUUGCUGAAGCUAUGCAGGCAGCUGUUCAAUACCAAGAUGGACUGCAGGCACUGUUUGACUGGGUAGACAUUGCUGGCAGCAAGUUAGCAUCUAUGUCCCCAGUUGGAACAGAUCUGGAGACAGUGAAGCAGCAAACUGAGGAACUUAAGCAAUUUAAGACAGAAGCUUAUCAGCAGCAGAUAGAAAUGGAAAGACUAAACCAUCAGGCAGAACUAUUGCUGAAGAAGGUAACACAGGAGAGUGACAAGCACACAGUUCAAGACCCUCUCUCAGAGCUCAAAAUAUUGUGGGACAGUCUAGAAGAAAAAAUUAUAAGUAGACAGCACAAGCUGGAAGGUGCCUUGUUAGCCUUGGGGCAGUUCCAGCAUGCCCUGGACGAGUUACUGACAUGGCUGACACAUACAGAAGACCUGCUGAAUGAACAGAAACCCGUGGGUGGAGACCCCAAGGCUAUUGAAAUUGAACUUGCCAAACAUCAUGUGCUACAAAAUGAUGUUUUAGCUCAUCAGUCUACCGUGGAAGCUGUUAAAAAAGCAGGAAAUGACCUGAUUGAGUCGAGUGCUGUUGAAGAAGCAAGUAAUUUACGGAGCAAGUUGGAACUCCUGAAUCAGCGCUGGCAAAACUUGUUGGAAAAAACAGAACAAAGGAAACAGCAGCUGGACAGUGCCUUGAUCCAGGCACAAGGUUUCCAUGGGGAAGUUGAAGAUCUGCAGCAAUGGCUGACAGAUACUGAACGUCAGCUGUUGGCAUCAAAACCUGUUGGAGGCUUACCAGAAACAGCAAGAGAGCAGCUUAAUGCACAUAUGGAACUUUGUGCUGCCUUUGAAGCCAAAGAGGAGACAUAUAAGUGUCUAAUGCAGAAAGGCCAGCAAAUGCUUGCAAGAUGCCCAGAGACUGCUGAAACAAACGUUGAGCAGGACAUAAAUAACUUAAAAGAAAAAUGGGAAUCUGUGCAAACAAAGCUCAAUGAAAGAAAAACCAAACUGGAAGAAGCCCUCAGUUUAGCAACAGAGUUCCACAACUCGCUUCAAGAUUUCAUCAACUGGCUUACUCAGGCUGAGCAAACUCUAACUGCAGCUUCUCGGCCAAGUCUUAUCUUGGACACUGUCUUAUUUCAAAUUGAUGAACACAAGGUUUUUGCCACAGAAGUGAACUCUCAUCGAGAUCAAAUCAUAGAACUGGACAAAACUGGAACGCAUUUGAAAUAUUUCAGCCAGAAACAGGACGUUGUCCUUAUUAAGAAUCUGCUUAUUAGUGUACAGAGCCGAUGGGAAAAAGUAGUUCAACGCUUAGUUGAAAGGGGAAGAGCUUUGGAUGAUGCAAGGAAAAGAGCCAAACAGUUCCAUGAAGCCUGGCACAAACUUAUGGAAUGGCUGGAAGAGUCAGAGAAAUCUCUGGACUCAGAUCUUGAAAUUGCAAAUGACCCUGAUAAAAUAAAAAUGCAGCUCGCACAGCAUAAGGAAUUCCAGAAAUCUCUUGGUGCCAAACAUUCUGUAUAUGAUACCACAAAUAGAACUGGACGUUCCUUGAAAGAGAAAACCACCUUGGCUGAUGACAAUUUGAAACUUGACGAUAUGCUGAGUGAACUAAGGGAUAAGUGGGAUACAAUUUGUGGAAAGUCAGUGGAAAGACAAAAUAAACUGGAGGAAGCCCUGUUAUUUUCGGGACAGUUUACCGAUGCUCUGCAAGCUCUCAUUGACUGGUUAUACAAAAUUGAACCUCAACUAGCAGAAGAUCAGCCAGUACAUGGAGACAUUGAUUUAGUGAUGAACCUGAUUGACAAUCACAAGGUUUUCCAGAAGGAGUUGGGAAAAAGAACAAGUAGUGUCCAGGCUCUGAAGCGCUCUGCAAGGGAGCUAAUAGAAGGCAGUCGUGAUGACUCUUCCUGGGUCAAAGUCCAAAUGCAGGAGCUGAGCACUCGCUGGGAGACAGUUUGUGCCCUGUCAGUAUCCAAGCAAACACGACUGGAACAGGCUCUUCGGCAGGCAGAAGAAUUCCACUCUGUUGUUCAUGUCCUUUUGGAGUGGCUGGCAGAGGCAGAGCAGGCUCUUCGUUUCCAUGGCAUCCUUCCAGAUGAUGAAGAGGCCUUGCGUACACUGAUAGAGCAGCACAGGGAAUUUAUGAAGAAAUUGGAAGAGAAAAAGGCAGAACUGAAUAAAGCAACAGGUAUGGGAGAAGCUAUUCUGGCUAUCUGCCACCCAGACUCCAUCACCACCAUUAAGCACUGGAUAACAAUCAUCAGAGCCAGGUUUGAAGAGGUUGUAGCAUGGGCUAAACAACAUCAACAGAGACUGGCAGGAGCCCUGGCUGGACUUAUUGCUAACCAGGAAUUGCUGGAAGCCUUGCUGUCCUGGUUGCAGUGGGCAGAGACCACACUAACUGAAAAAGAUAAAGAGGUUAUCCCCCAGGAGAUUGAGGAAGUUAAAGCGCUUAUAGCUGAACAUCAGACAUUCAUGGAGGAAAUGACCAGAAAACAACCUGAUGUGGAUAAAGUUACAAAGACCCAUAAAAGAAAAGCACUUGAACCCACGCCAGUACAUUCUCAUAUUCCUGUCCUUGAUAAGGGGAGAGCGGGCAGGAAGCGUUCCCCAACACCAGGCAUGUAUCCAUCAGCAACUCAGGCACAAAUCGAAACCAAGAAUCCACGGGUAAACCUUUUAGUCAGCAAAUGGCAGCAGGUUUGGCUUCUGGCCUUGGAAAGGAGAAGAAAACUUAAUGAUGCUUUGGACAGACUUGAAGAGCUGAGAGAAUUUGCCAACUUUGAUUUUGAUAUUUGGAGGAAAAAAUACAUGCGAUGGAUGAACCAUAAGAAGUCUCGUGUGAUGGACUUCUUUAGGAGGAUUGAUAAAGAUCAAGAUGGAAAGAUUACAAGACAGGAAUUUAUCGAUGGAAUUCUUUCUUCAAAGUUCCCAACAAGCCGACUUGAAAUGAGUGCUGUUGCAGACAUUUUUGAUAGAGAUGGUGAUGGAUAUAUUGACUAUUAUGAAUUUGUAGCAGCUCUUCAUCCAAAUAAGGAUGCAUACAAGCCUCUCACAGAUGCUGACAAAAUUGAAGAUGAGGUUACAAGGCAGGUAGCGAAAUGUAAAUGUGCAAAACGGUUUCAAGUGGAACAGAUUGGGGAUAAUAAGUACAGGUUCUUCCUGGGAAAUCAGUUUGGUGACUCUCAACAACUGCGCCUUGUUCGUAUCCUAAGGAGUACAGUCAUGGUUCGUGUUGGAGGUGGCUGGAUGGCACUCGAUGAGUUCUUAGUGAAAAAUGAUCCUUGCCGGGUUCAUCAUCACGGGAGUAAAAUGUUACGUUCGGAAUCAAACUCUUCAAUUACCACUCAGCCUACUAUAGCUAAAGGGAGGACAAAUGUGGAGCUGCGUGAAAAAUUCAUUUUGGCAGAUGGUGCCAGUCAGAGCAUGGCAGCUUUCCGACCAAGGGGCCGUAGAUCACGACCCUCUUCGAGAGGUGCUUCUCCCAACAGAUCUACUUCUCUGUCAAGUCAAGCUGGCCAGGCAGCUGCCACACAGGGAGUUGCUACAAGUACACCGAAGACACCCCAUCAUUUAAUACGCAACUAUGGUAAACCAUGGUUGACAAACAGCAAAACAUCAACUCCUUCUAAGCCAUCAGAAUCCUCAGACUAUCAAGGGUCAUCUGCAGAGGGAACACCAAUUCAAGGAAGUAAGCUUAGGCUGCCAGGAUAUCUAUCAGGGAAGGGUUUCCAAUCUGGAGAAGACAGUGGCAUCCUGUCAACAGCAGCUACCAGAGUCAGAGCUCAGUUUGCAGAAACCAGAAGAACUCCAAGCAGACCUGGUAGCCGAGCAGGAAGCAAGGCUGGCAGCAGGUCAAGUAGCCGUCGAGGCAGUGAUGCAUCUGACUUUGACAUUUCAGAAAUCCAGUCUGUGUGCUCAGAUAUGUCAGAGACUGUUCCUGCUACAAGCAGACCAACACCCCGAGCAGGUUCUCGGCCAGGAUCAGCCAAGCCUUCUAAAAUUCCAACCCCCCAGAGAAGGCCACUGGCCAGCAAAUUGGACAAGUCCUUGAAAAGAUAAUAUGAUUGGCUCCACAAAAGUCUUUUCCUUUUGCAUUAAAUAUUUAAGUUCAUAAGAUGUAAAAUAUUAUGUAGAAAUUAUUGUGAAAUAUCGCAAGAGGUGGAUUUUUAAUUCUGCAGAUGGCCUUAUUUGUGUAUUUGUCUUCUUAUUUUAUGUGUAUAAUUUUUGUCAGAUUUGUUUUUGGUUUUGCCAUAUCCUGUGAGAAAGAGAAAGAGUUCUAAUGUAAACUAACAGUUGUACACAGUAACAUGUAGAAAGUACACUAAAAAUAAUUGCCGAAUGUACAGUGUACUGAAUGUACAGUAAGUCUCUGCAAUCUCAAUAAAAUAGGCCUAUCACUAUGUCAUUAGUUAACAGUAAAGGAUACCUCAUGAUUUUUCUUUAAAAAAGAAAAAGAGAAUACUAAAAGCCAAAAGACACAAUUACACAUUUUGAGCUAACUAAGCAAACACUAAAGGAUGUACAUCAAAACUACUAAGUAAUACAAACCCACAUUCACAGUACCCUUAUUUAUACAGCAUUUCUCAGAGAACUCACAGAGUUAAUUAAGCACUCGCCAAUAAUAUGAUACUCCAAUACCUUGCAGCAUUUCUGUGCCAUUGCUUUCAAUGAGGCCAGACACAUUCUGGAUAUAUUCUGUAAGAAUAUCAAUAUAAAGUGCAUUCAUGUAAAUGUGAGGUUUUCUUUUGCUUGAGUGGAUGGUAGCACUGUAUCAUUGAACUCAUUUUGUAUCAAAGCAAUUUUGCUUGCAGAAAGCUCCGAAAUAAACAUGUCCCUUGACUUUAU